GUGCUCUGACAAGCUGGUGGUGCCGGAAGAAAAGAUGGCGGAUCAUGAGGAGCAGCUAUCCGACGAGGAAAAGGUACGCAUAGCAGCUAACUUCGUCAUCCACGCCCCACCAGGAGAGUUCAACGAAGUUUUCAAUGAUGUGCGAUUGCUGCUCAACAAUGACAAUCUUCUCAGGGAAGGUGCAGCGCAUGCAUUUGCACAGUACAACUUGGACCAGUUUACUCCGGUGAAAAUCGAUGGCUAUGAAGAACAGGUCUUAAUCACAGAGCAUGGUGACCUCGGGAACGGCCGGGUCCUGGACCCCAAGAACAAGAUCUCGUUCAAGUUCGACCACCUGAGGAAGGAGGCCAGCGACCCCCGGCCCCAUGACGUCGAGGGCUCCCUGGAGGGCUGGAGGAGCGCCGUGGACUCGGCCGUCAGGGCCUACGUAAAGGAGCAUUACCCCAACGGAGUCUGCACCAUUUACGGGAAAACCAUCGACGGACAUCAAACCAUCAUUGUGUGCAUCGAGUGCCAUCAGUUUCAACCAAAAAACUUCUGGAAUGGACGCUGGAGGUCAGAAUGGAAAUUUACAAUCUCUCCCUCCACCACUCAAGUGGCAGGAAUCAUGAAAAUCCAGGUUCAUUACUAUGAGGAUGGCAACGUUCAACUGGUGAGCCACAAAGAGGUCCAGGAGUCCAUGUCAAUUUCUAAUGAGGCUUCAACUGCAAAGGAGUUUGCUAAGAUCAUGGAGGCUGCAGAGAACGACUAUCAAACGGCCAUCAACGAGAAUUACCAGACCAUGUCGGACACUACCUUCAAAGCCUUACGCCGCCAGCUUCCUGUGACACGCACCAAGAUCGAUUGGAACAAGAUCCUGAGCUACAAGAUCGGCAAGGAGAUGCAGAACGCUUAAAAAAAGAAAUUACAACAAAAAAAAAGAAAACCAACGGAGAACAUAAAGACACCCCACCCCUCCCCAAUCCUUCGCCCCCACCCCCCCCCCCCACCCCCUCAAAACAACGUUGCAUGACUGGAUAGUUGUAUCGUCUUUGUACAAAAAUUAGAGAAACGGGGACAAAGAAAGGUUUGGUCUCACAGCAAGAUGUCAAAUUAACACAUUGGAUGUCUACUUUUGUUGAUGUUUUUUUUUUUUUUUUAUACAGACACGGUUAACUCUUCUAUAUAUUAAAUAUAUGGUGAUAAUGAUAAUCAUAUUUGGGAAAAUAUAACUUUUGAGGAAAUAUAACGAGACAUAGGAAAAGAGGGCGGACACUUAUGUAUGCAAAAAGAGAAGAAAAACAAAACACACCCUUAUAAAAUAUCACGUGUGCAAUAUUUAUUGUGUCAGUGAGACCACGCCUUUUGUUUGACCUGCUGAACAAAAAAAAAACGGUUGAGUUUGAAAUGAUGGGUAAACAAAUCAUACUUGGGAGAUAUUCUGUCUGCAUUUACAAAAAGAGCUCAGAUGUUUUGUCUGGAAGAAGAAAAGUCUCCCUUCACUUUUACGAUUUACAACCCCCCCCCCUCCACCCAUAUGUUUAACAACAACAAAAAAAGAGAAGUUCUUUGUCUUCAUUGACUGGUAUCUUUGGCACAAGCAGUCACACCCACUGUCAGCCACUCAAUGUUCUUGUUCCCUUUUUAUUUUGGUACUUCCCUCACCGUUCUGUCCUGUAUGUGAGAUCUCAAAGCUCGCAAAGCGCUCCUGGCUAAAUUUUUUGCCUUUUUUGACUUGACAUUUGUCCAAACUCUCACUCUCGGUGCAGAGAGUUCAGCGACCACUUAACAAGCUUAAUUAACAAGUCAUCAAUCGCUAAGUAAUGUGCAUAAUGUCCAAUUUACAAUAAAAUCCAAACGUAUCACUUUCUCCUCCAGUGCUUAUUUUUAUUAAAAAAAACAAAAAAACAGAACCUGACUGUAUUAUAUAACAAGGCACAUUGUAAUAUAUACCUGUAUGAAACAUCCUGUCUGUCAGUUGGUGAUUUAUUUCCAUGAGAUUAAUUGUAAUUCAGUCACAAUUAUGUUGCAUUAAAUAACAAAUUUUCUAUUCA